AUGCAAGACAGCCAGAUAGCCCAGAUAGCACAGUUUUUUUCAAGAGCACAGGGAACAUUUCCAGGAAAGCUCGAUAUAAACCCAGUGGAACACUGCAACCGCAUAGAGCUGAGGAGCGAACGAACUAUGGGAGACCCCCAAAUCAUUACUCAGAAAGGACCUGACUCAGAGGAAGAGUCCUCUUCCUUAAUUCCUAAUCAGAUCCAGAACAAGGAUGGAGAGGAGGUCACUAAGAAAGUUGAAGGAGCUCUUCAAAUUCCCCCACAAAGUCAGACGAUUCCUUUCCCUCAAAAACUGAUAACAUCCCAGAAGGAUGAAGAGUUCAACCGAUUCCUGAAGAAGAUUAAGAAAAUUUGCGUAGAAAUACCACUGAUAGAUGCACUGUACCAAAUGCUGAAGUUCGCAAAGUUCUUAAAGGGUAUUUUAUCUAACAGGAGGCAGAAGGGCGACUUCGAGAUCGUAGCAUUAAUAGAAAGUUGUAGCGCUCUACUUAUGGCAAACAUUCCACCAAAACUUCAGGAUCCAGGGAGUUUUUCCAUACUUUGCAAAAUUAGGCCUGAAUUCAUACAGAAAGCUUUCUAUGAUUUGAGAGCCAGCGUUAGCCUACUGUCGUACUCCUUAUGUAAGAAGCUGGGACUCUAG